AUGAAGGGCCGUCCCGACGUUGGUUUUUUCGAGGCCAUCAAAUCAACGCAGCAGUUCAGUGUCAAAGCCGGCAGUAUCGGCAGCCAAAUCGGAGGGAAAACAUCACGCAUUGUAAAGCACCUGGCCGCCAGGUUCUCCAAUCCAGAGGGCCUGGUGCAAGAUGCCAUCGCCUCUGGGAAUGAGGCUGCUCUCCCUGUUGGAUCUCGACGAGCUGACUUGUCGGGGCUCGAGAAGGAGUGGAACAGAGUUGAAGCUCAAGAGGAAGAGAUACGACAUCUUAGAGAGGCAAGGUGUAACCUGAACAGGAGAAUUACUGAAUGGCGGGACAAGUAUUGGGAAGCCGCACAAGAAUUGCGCGAUGCGAAGGCUGUUGGUCUGUUUUCGCGUGAAGUAUUAGAGAGUCAUGGGAGUCCAAGUCCCGAGCACAUGGACGCCUGCCCCUGGUGCUUCUUGAAGCGUCGCCGCUACCCAGUCCCUCCCUGGGAAAUGGACCGCCUCCCUCCGCCAACAAAAGAACAGCUCGAUCGACUUCUUCAUCGCACCUCAGAUGGGCUGGGCUGUUACAGAUGGGUCUUCCUCUUGAUAUUUGUAUUCCUCCUUGGAUGGCUUCUUUGGACUAUUAGCCCCGUUUGCCUCGAUUGGUACGAUGCAACCAAAGACAUCAUUCCUUUUGUCGACCUCAUGGAUGAAAUAGCCGAGAACGCUGGCCUCGCACUUUCCGUUCUUCAGUUGCCUCUCUAUACAUUCAUUCCUCUUCAAAUCUCUGGCGGCUUAGAUCCGUUUAACGGCCUGCAACCAUCGCAAUUUGCCAUUAAUGAGGCGCGCGGACCUAUUGAAAUUGCCCUCGCCAUUUGUCAAGAGUUGUCCGAGACGGCGGGAACAGCUGACGAAGAGAUAAAGAACAUGACCAAAGCAUGGGACGAUGCACACGUUGAAAAUUGGCUUUACUUCGUUAUGCUCCCUGACCAUGCCGUUGCCAGAGGGCAAGAAACCAAGCCACAGGAGGCACUACGCCUUACCAAUACAUACAUCACGCUGAUCACAGAAAAGUUUAUGACUCUCAGUGAUAGACAUCCAGACAACUUCACGAUGGCCGCCCUUUCUGAAGAUAGUCUCGACAUUUUGGACACGGUGAUACCUAUACGUGUGGACCAACUUCACGAGAUGAUAAACAAUUUCAGACACCGUAAACAUGCUUUAAUGGGGGCAAUGAGCCAGAUUAUCGGGCCUCUCAAAGCUUGCCAAGAGUAUUUCAACCGAAUCAACCACACUAAGAAUGCAUUCGAGACAAAGGAACACAUCUUUCACGCCAACCACAUAGCCGAUCUGUACAAGCUCAGCCGACCUCAAAAGAAAGUAUUUCUUGAGACUUGGAGGGGAUCUCUCGGAGGUCGCCGUUGGGCUUUCUCGGGUGCAAAACAAGCUUCACCGCAUCAUACGUACGAGGGACAGGGCAUUGAAAUGGUAUCGUCGCGAGCGCAAACGGAGGAAUAUGGAGCCGGAUUUCCCGAUCAAACUGGAGAAGGAAGAAUUUAG